CACAUAUUGGAAAUUACAAAGAAGAAUACUUUAUUUCUGUACUGGUAACAUACACAUCUAAGAUGGGCUUGUCUGGAAAAAAAAAAAAAACCUUCAGCUCCAAAAAAUAAGAUAAAUGAACAGGCUGCUGAAGUUUAAGCAUGCAUUUUUGAAUGGAUAACAUGUUUUGGAAAAGAACAUGUAGAGACUAAAGACUCAUCUUUUCUGAACCAGCUGGCUCAAAUCCGAUCUGGUCCCAUUGCAAAACAACAUCUGAGCUAAAGAGAGACAGGAUUUGCACAGUUGAAUCAUAACUCGAGCUGCUAUACCCCCAUUUGUAUUGCUAAGUCCAGCCUCAAAAGCAUUUGAAUUUCAAACUUUCAGGCACAGAAAAGGCUCCAGCAUCAUUUAUCUUGACUUUGAGGUAGCUGCAGAUCUAGGAUAGGAUGAAAGCUCAAGCAAUUUAGCCAAAACAAGUAUGCUAUGCAACUUUAACACCAUAUACUCUGCACAAGCAGUUGAUCACUAAAUGACUGGUAUGAAAGAACGUGUUUUGCUUCCAUAGUACCAUAAUCCUUAUUCUCUCAUUCAGGAUCAGUUAAUGACAACUAUGAAAUCCUUUCAUUUGGACAAUUGGAGAGGCGAAGUGGCCAGAAAGGACUGCCAGACUCAACUACAAGAGUCAGAAAGGCCUGUUGCUUUGUGAAUUUUAUUUUUAUCACGUUUGGGUAGAGACUGAAGUGCUACAGUGAAUCAUCCUUCACUUUUACAUUGUUUUGUCAUCCAAUUUCGUAAAAUUUGGAUGCGUUCCUCCUCUCUCUGAAGUGUUUUGCAAUAUACAGUGUCAGAAAAUCAAAAAGGUUUUAGCUGGAUAGUUUGAAUGGCUACAGGUGUUGUCCCUGCAUAGAAAAGGCUGAACUUUAAAAAAAUUAUUUUUAGUAAGAAAAAUGCAUUCUCAGAAUUACUAGCAACUAAAAAGGCUAAACAAACAAAUACGCUCUAGGCAAGGUUUUCUGCAGGCACAGGACACAAUUAUUUGUUCCAACUCAAACUAUGCUUGAUUAUUUGCAAGAAAAGGAGCGAUACUGUGACUGGUCAGGAUAACAUACAAAGCUACUCCAUAGGAGGGUAACAGCUCCAGGCAGAAGAUGCCAUCCAGUAGAUGGGAAAGGUCACAGGCAGUGUUCAUGCUAAUAGAAUGAUAAGAGAGUUCUGGAGGGGGAGUUCCAUCUACUUGCAAAACUUGAAGAAUCUUAGAGUAGCAUCUGUACUCCUCUGGAGAUCAUUUCAGUGGAGAUACCGAUGUGAAUCCUGUUUCUUCUGCAUAUGGUUGCAUUACACCGUAAAGCACUCCAACACGUUCCCUUUUCAUGCAGUUCAGUACCUUACCCUUCUCCAGCUUCAAAUCCACCCACGCUCUCCUGCACUCCUGGCAGGACCUGCCAGCUCUCACACUAGGCAGGGCUUAUCCUGUGCAGCAUCCCGCCAGCAAGGCUGCGUGUGCCAGUGAUACGUCGGACCUAUUGCCUUGUGCCCUCCUCUACUCACCUCCCACUUUCUUCUUCUUCUUCUACUAUCACACUCCUUUGGCAACACAGUAGUCCUAUGCUGACGUUUGCUAAAUUACCUAGAGUACCCUACAUUAUACGCCACUUCAAGCCUCUUGGUACACCCAACCACAUCACAAUUACACUAGCACUCCUACAGCACACUACAGUGUUAGAUGUGUUUAUUGAGGUAUAUACAGUGUUUAAGAAGUUUACCACAGAUUCAAAAAUAGCUGCCAGGAAAAACAUUAAAGGCUGGAGUACUGCAGUACGACAUGACAGGAAGGCUAGCACACCAGUUGCUUUCAUGCUUGUUCUCAGCAGUGCUUGCGAUAAGGCACGACAGGCAGGGCUAUAAUACUGUCACAACUGCAGUUAAAUAUGGAUCGUGGAGGCACUCAUUAUAACGUCCCAUGGGAUAUCAGCAAAUGAUGAGGGAAAAGGGAACGCAGUGUUUGGCAGCUGCUAAAAUUUGUUUUAAGCACUUUAUGACCCUUUUCAACAGGGAAGUGCUGAACGGCGAGAUUAAGAUAGAUUAAUCAGUAACAAUAACUUGAUUGCAUAAACAAGAGCCUGGAGAUGCUGUCGUCUGCUUUAGGAAACAAAAUUCAGAGAAUUCACAUGACCACCUCAUAAAAUAUUUACUGAAACACAUAAGUCACUAAUUACAAUGUAAUCAUAUUAGAUUUGGCCUCUUCUUACGCUUCGUAGCUCUCCUAGCUGGAAAAACAGCUACUUUGGGGCAUUUUCUGAAGGAAAUUUCCUACCUACUCUUGAAGCAUGGCAAAAUGACACAUUUCUUGUCAUAAAUUCAAACAAGAAAAUCAGCGCUGAUAACAGCAUUAUACAUUUGGAUAGGAAAUCAGCUGAUGCUCGCAGCUAGAAAACCAGGGGCAGACAGAGCAGCUGAUUGCUGGAGCGGGCCCCCAUCACAACCAACAACAAACAUCCAGAAGCCACCACUGGGCAUAAAGGGAAACACAGAUCCUGCUGGCCCUUACAGCAUCAGUGCGAGUUCUGAAGGACAGAACUAAGCAGAGCGAAACCACAUGAUCGACAAACAACAAGAAAGUCUCUUUAUAAUCCUGUCCUUAGAACAGGAAAAAAAAACAGCCCUUCAAAGCUGGUAUCACAAGACUUUCUAACAUGACAAUUACUGCAGUCCUAUAACCCGGCCAUAUCUGUACACUUCUCAAUCCGAACGCUCUGUCCUCGUUACCCCAACAGGAACACUCCAGAAAGCCAUCUGCGUGCACCUUCUCUUAAGCUAAAUAGUAAUGCACUCCCAAACCAUUCCCAGAUCGUCACCGUGCAGGAACAUCUCCAGGAACGCUUCCAGUAGCGCUGCCAAAACCCCGCCGCCCUGGGCACGGCCCGUGACAAGAAACCUGCAGCCGUGCAUCUCGAUGGCACGAGGAGGAGAAGGGCCCCUUCCGCCACAGAAGAGAACUUUGAACGUUCACAUUGCUGUAAUCUGCACGUAUCUGAGCAGUGCAGCAGACAUUAGACACCCGUUACAACCACACGCUAACUCCAGUCCACGCUUCUGAAAUGAUAACGUUGACUUCUUGGAAUCCGAAUGCUGAGAUCCAUUUCAUCUUUUUUAAUAGCGGUGGAAUAUCGCAUCAAAGUACGGCAUAUCCAUUAGCGACACUUAACGUUCAGUUGGCAGAUCAAUAUAUUCAUAAAAAGUUAAUUACGCAAAGACAAAAUCGCUCUUUUAUGAGAAAAGAGAAUUUUCUUUCAGUUUUAAGAACUGUAGCCACCAGUAGGUGGUGUUUCUGGAAAUGUCAAAGUACUUCUCCCCUACAGAUGAAAUGCAAAACUCCACCUGCACUAUUGGUGCUUUCACGCAAGACUGACGCUCCACGUUCUCUGCAAAAGAAGCCUAUCCCAUCUAAGGGCCUUUGAGCUGAACGAUUCCACCAAGUGCCGAGAUGACAACGUAUACCUGAAAAUGUAAAUACAUGCAGGCAACAUGGGACUGACUUGAAGGUGACACUCACUGCAGCUCUGCACACCUAAAUGCAAGUUUAUACUGGCACGGCAGUGGAAGUUGACACAUCCAUUAAGAGCGUAUCUGAGCGAGGAGCAGCCUUCUGCUGUCUGCAGGAAAACCAGCUCUGGAAAAACGGAAUUAAGGUCCAAGGAUGUUCACUGAGUAUUAAGAGAAAACAAAUGGAGCUAGAAUUCUACCAUCUUCCGACCCGCACAGAGGAAAACUGCUGAUGAAAACCUCUUUUUGAAGUGAUCCAAGCACCAUUAUGGUAAAAAAGAUCCCUACGUGAUCUUACAGUGUAUAGGAACUGCAAGUGCUCUCAUCUGCAAUGUAUAUAGUGUCUUGCAAAAAAAAAAGAAAGAAAUGUACUUUUUGUACUGUUAUGUUUCAGUCAAUUUCAAGUCUAAUUAAUUCGGCUUCUAAAGAAUUUUUUUUUUCCUAUACGUAAGCGCGGGCUCUUCCAGUCCAACCAAAAUGCUUCCAAUUCAGUGCUUUGAAAACAUCCCAAAAUCUCAUCCUUUCGGCAUCACUACCAAACUGUGAGUGCUGUUAGCUUUUCUGCAGACACUUUAACCAUGGAAACCUACUCUGCCUCAGUACCACCCAUUAUAUGUAACAGCACAACUUUCAACCUCAAUGGAUCGCAUCUGUGUAACGAAAGCCUAUCUUCCAGAUUAGCAGAUAAAUCAGAACACCAACAAUAUGUUAUUGGGCUUUUCUUAUCGUGUCUUUACACAAUUUUUCUUUUUCCUAUCGGUUUUGUAGGAAACAUUCUGAUACUGGUUGUAAACAUAAGCUUCCGUGAAAAGAUGACUAUCCCAGACCUUUACUUCAUCAACCUCGCAGUGGCUGAUCUCAUUUUAGUUGCUGAUUCCCUCAUCGAGGUUUUUAACCUUGAUGAGAAGUAUUAUGAUAUCACUAUUAUAUGCACCUUUAUGUCGUUGUUCCUUCAGAUCAACAUGUAUAGCAGCAUUUUCUUUCUGACAUGGAUGAGUUUUGACAGAUACAUAGCACUGGCAAAAGUGAUGAGGUCCAACCUAUUCCGCACUAUGCAACACGCCAGGUUAAGCUGUGGUCUCAUAUGGAUGGCGUCUAUUUCUGCAGCACUAGUUCCAUUCACAGCUGUGCACUUACAACACACCGGAGAGGUCUAUUUUUGUUUUGCAGAUGUAAAAGAGAUUCAGUGGCUAGAAAUAACCUUGGGGUUUAUCAUCCCCUUUGUGAUCAUCGGUCUCUGUUACUCGUUAAUCGUCCGAGUUCUUAUAAAAGCACACAAGCACAGGAGCCUUCGCCUGCGGCGACAGAAAGCUCUUCGAAUGAUUUUCGUUGUCGUCUUGGUUUUCUUUAUCUGCUGGCUACCUGAAAACGUCUUCAUUAGCGUCCAGCUUCUACAAAAGAAAAGCGAGCCCGCCUCAUCCAGCAGCCCAUCUUUCAGGCACGAUUACCCUCUAACAGGACACAUUGUGAACCUCGCAGCUUUCUCUAAUAGCUGCUUGAACCCUUUAAUUUACAGUUUUCUAGGGGAAACCUUCAGAGACAAGCUGCGACUGUAUAUUGAGCAGAAAACCAAGAUGUCCACGUUACAUCGCUUCUGUCAGGCUGCCUUAACGUCUGUCAUCCCCGACAGUAAUGAGCAAUCGGAGGUCUGAUUUAGGGGGUGUUGUGCAGAACACCUGACUGUGAAGUUGUGCAAACAGCGAACAAAACGCUUCCUACUAACAGCAAAAAGCGCGCCCGCCUGCGUGUGUAUUAUAUCGCUCCACUGAGUAGCGAAGGUUUAUAUUCAGAAUGUUUUUAUGACAACUUUAAUGUACAAGAAUAUGUUUUAGUCAGAUUUAUAUUUAAUUAAGAGCAGGAUUAUUAAAAGCUGAGCACUGAAGGAGCUUUAUUUUAUAUAGUACAUGCAUGAAUGAUAAUAUAGAAGAAAAUUUUAUCAAGCUAGGAAGACUGUAGAUUUAACUUGAUUAUCAGAGAUGCUGUAUUGCUGGUGUGUAGAAGGUACUUCCACUUAAAUAGCCAAGCUGCCAUAAGAGUGGGGAAAAAUCAUUACAACACAUUGAUGUGGAGAUGCAGAAAACAAUGAUUUUUCACCCAAAUGUGUUAAGUUAAAUGACUUUGCUUUUGAGAACUAUAUAGUAUUAUUGUCACUGUAUUCCAGCAUGUCUUCCACAGUUAACUUUUUUAAUCUUAAUAUAAUCUAGAAUGGUGAUGAGUUUUCGUCUCAUAAAUCUAACCUGCUGUUUACAUCAGUACUGGAUCAAACCUGAAAUCAUCUGUCACUAUAUUGCUCAUCUCAAAGAGCUUCACUGCAGCAAAAUGUAAAGCUUCGCUCUUGCAAGGAUUCCCCAAGACAGCAUUUCUCAGGAUGGAUAUAAUUGGGCUUUUUGUCAAAAAACGCAAGCACACAUAUAUGUGCAUCCACAUCUCCCUUCAGAUUCAAACACAAGUUGUAUGAGAUCUGUCUCCACUUAGCAAAUCCAUUCAGAUGGUCAGAACAAAAUGCUGUAUCUUUAAAAAAAAAAGCACUUUCUGAAAACGUCUGUAAGAAUUCCUUAUAAAAAUGAAAAGGCCUCUUUUUUUUUUUUAAAAAAAAAAGGAAGAACUUCUGUAAAGGUGAAUGCAUCAUCAGAUCUGCACUUGGUGCCCUGCCCACCCCUCCCCCAGAAACCACAGGUCUUCGGGACCUUAAGAUGCACGCUGGUUGCUCUGCUCAUUCAAAGACAAAUCACGCUAAGAAAACAAAUGUCAGCACCACACGCUAGAAAACAACAGCUUCUAAUUUCUUGUAGAAAAUAAUUGGGUUUUAAAUCUGGGUGAUGUUUAGCGCAGGUUACUGCUGAACUUCCUCGGAGGAAGCUAUAAAGUUCCUAGAGACUCGUGCACGAGGUCAUUAAACCAUCGCUCACUGCAGCUCUGAAAUACAGGAACUAAUUCCACCUCUGUGCUCACCAAGUAAAGCAUCAGAACUCCGCAGAAUGUGACCAUGUGCCCUAUUUUCAAAUGUCAUACAUGAGCCAAUUAGCACACUCAAGGAUUUUUAAAAUGUAGACAAUUAAAGCAAUGAGUAGAGUAUUAAGCAACAGAGAAAACAGUGAUUCCACUCAUAUUUCUCACGAAAUACUCAGAGUUUCCUAGUGAAGUUGUAGCCACAAAAGGCUUGACCUAUGAACAGAGAGGCCCCAAGAUGAUGCGGCACUGGAACCAGCUGGAUGUUCCUGAAACACUGAAGCAGGAACUGCAGAGAGGAGUUUGCCCAAGUGCUGGUCAUUUCCAAGGGACCGUUAAUCACCAGCUAAGGAAAAAUUUCAUUUAUUCCCUUCUUUCCAGUAGAGCGCUAAAUAUACUCUCUCUCUGAAAGAUGCAAGCACUGCCAUGCCUUCUCUGCGUAGAAGCUGCUCGACAACACGAUGCAGCAAAUCUCAUGCUACACCGAGACAAUACACAUGUCCCUUUUCCCUCAUUACUUUCAUGUUUGGAAUUAACCACAGUCAUCCCCAUCCUGCGGAGUGCCGGCGUACAUUAACCACCCCUCUGACAGACGGCUGUUUCAAACAGCACAAACGAAGGAAUGGAUCACGCUCCCAGCAAUGCAUUUCCAUCAAGCAAGCAUACAACCCCAUGGCAGCAUAUUAGCUUUGUGUAACCUCAGCACUUUCCAUGAAUAAAAGUGGCUUAUUUGGGGUUACAGCAAUAUAGUUUCCCAAAUGGAAUUCCUCCAUCUGAAACAUCCCGUUACGCGCACAUCGCACACCUGAGCUACCGGAGGAGGUUCCUACUGCUGAUAUUUUGGUUCAGGCUUAUGAGCUGUACCUGAAAUGACUAAAUUUAAACAUGCUA